AUGAACAGAUCGAACUUCAUGAAUUGGAUUCUUCACACCACCAUUGUAAUAUCAUCGUCAUCUACAAUCAAACUCCAAUUCCAUGGAAGAGCUCAGAAUCGGGAAGAAGAAUGGAAAUUAGCGGUGAUUCGAAUCACGAAGGAGAGUCCAUUUCGGGAAAAGUCAUCGGAAUUUCUUCAGGGUUCAGCUGUAAUCGAAGGGCACAACGAAAAUGCUGGAAUCCUUCUCUGUCUCUCUUUUUCUCUCUCUCAUUUCCAUUUCUGGAUCAUAUAUACUUCUCCUUCAUGCCUCCAAUCCACUCUCUAUUUUAGUUCUACGGUCAUCCGGAUUCUCAGCCUUCUUUCUUGAAAUCCCUAAGAAUUCCUUUCCUUCGACAUUGAAUCAACGUACCAAUUUUUCUCUUUACAACUCCUUUUUCGAUGUUCGUUUUGAUUCCGUGCCGCGCGGUUGCUUGUUGAUUUUCAACGAUUUCGUGGUUGUUUCGAACUUGAGGCGGUGACGUUUUGGAUAUCGAAUAGUUUGUUUGGGCGACUUGUUUUUGUGUUCUAGGGAUGUUUUAGGGUUCUUGAGAUUUCUGUUUGAGAAAUGGAUUCGGCGAGGAGUUGGUUCAAUAAGCUUCAGCCGAGAGAUAGGCCGAGAGGUUCUUUGAAGAAGAAGGACGAUAGUAUGGAAGGGAGCGAGGAUUGUGCUGAUAAAAUGGACGAAGAAACGCAUUCGAACAGCACUAAGCAGAAGGCUGCUGCGGCAAAGCAGUACAUCGAGAAUCAUUACAAGGAGCAAAUGAAGAAUCUGCAGGAAAGGAAGGAAAGACGAAAUAUAUUGGAAAAGAAGUUGGCUGAUGCUGAUGUUUCUGAAGAAGAUCAAAACAAUUUACUCAAGUAUUUAGAGAAGAAGGAAACUGAAUAUAUGCGCCUCAAAAGGCACAAAAUGGGUGUCAGUGAUUUUGAUUUACUAACAAUUAUCGGCAAAGGUGCUUUUGGGGAGGUUCGUGUAUGUAGAGAGAAGACUUCAGGUCAGGUAUAUGCUAUGAAAAAGCUUAAAAAAUCAGAGAUGCUUCGAAGGGGCCAGGUGGAGCAUGUGAGAGCUGAAAGAAAUCUGCUUGCUGAAGUAGACAGCAAUUGUAUCGUGAAACUCUAUUGUUCUUUUCAAGAUGACGAGUUUCUUUAUCUCAUCAUGGAGUACCUACCUGGUGGAGAUAUGAUGACUUUAUUGAUGAGAAAGGAUACUUUGACUGAUGAUGAAGCAAGGUUUUACGUUGGAGAGAUAGUUUUGGCUGUUGAAUCUAUUCAUAAGCACAAUUACAUUCAUAGAGAUAUUAAGCCUGACAACUUGCUGCUUGAUAAAUUUGGGCACUUGAGACUCUCGGACUUUGGACUGUGCAAACCAUUAGAUUGCAGUAAACUCAAAGAACAAGAUCUUGAUAUAGGGAGUGUCCGUAAUGAAGCUGGACAAAGUGAUGAGCGUAAUGCAGCUCCCCGUACUCAACAAGAGCAACUCCAACAUUGGCAGAAGAAUCGAAGAAUGCUUGCUUAUUCAACAGUUGGAACACCAGAUUAUAUUGCUCCGGAGGUUUUGUUGAAGAAAGGUUAUGGCAUGGAAUGUGACUGGUGGUCACUUGGAGCUAUUAUGUAUGAAAUGCUUGUUGGCUACCCACCUUUUUACUCUGAUGAUCCAAUGUCGACAUGUCGGAAGAUAGUGAACUGGAGAACUCAUUUGGUGUUCCCUGAUGAAGCAAAGCUAUCUCCCUUGGCAAAAGAUCUUAUCAGCAAACUACUAUGCAAUGUUGACGAGAGGCUAGGUACAAAUGGCGCGGAUGACAUUAAGGUUCAUCCGUGGUUUGAAGGUAUUGAAUGGGAUAGGCUAUAUGAAAUGGAAGCUGCAUUUGUUCCCGAGGUUAAAGAUGAGCUAGACACUCAAAAUUUUGAAAAGUUUGAAGAGUGUGACCUGCAAAGCAGUUCUUCAUCUAAAUCUGGUCCAUGGAGAAAGAUGCUCUCAUCUAAGGACAUCAACUUUGUUGGAUACACUUACAAGAACUUCGAAAUUGUCAAUGAUUAUCAAUUGCCUGGGAUGGCUGAAUUGAAGAAAAAAAGCGGCAAACAAAAAAGACCGACAAUCAAGUCAAUCUUUGAUGGCGAAGAGGCAACAGAUGCAUCUGAUACAUCUAAUUAUGGUCAGUCCAGAGAAGGUAGCUUUUCAAACUCAAUGACAUCUCAACAGGAUGAAGUUGAAGCAAGGAAAGAGUCGAUGUAACGUAUCGAUUCUCUGCGUGUCAUCAGAUGAAACAGCAGGAGCUCUAUUUCAUUAAGUAAUCUCAGUUGGACCUUAUAGUAUAUAUAUAGGUAAAAUGUUGGAUGGUGCAUUCCACAUUGAAAGUGUUUGACAGACUUUGGUUUAACAGAAAAUUAAACUCGAGCAAGAUGGAGUUGGAUUUUUGGUCUUUAACAAUCGAGCUUGGAGACGAGCCUUUGACUGUUGUAGCAUUGUUCACAGGCAGGGGAAUAACAUAUCUGAUAAAGGUGAAUAAUAGAUCUGAAGAAGGUGAAUAAAAGAUCUGGUUUGUUAUUAUUUUUCGUUCUUUCUUGUCUUCCUUUUUUCCCACAUAUAAUUUUGGUGGGGUUUUCUCAACGAUUUGUUGUACAAAAUACACCAAACCAAUAGCAUAUACACAAGUGUUUCAGUGUAGAUAAUACACAGCAAAAGCAAUAUGUUCCACUCU